AUGGCCGGCAGAUCUUGCAUAUCAAACCUCAUCGACACUCUUGACUACGUUGGAUCGUGUUUAGACAGUGGAGGACAUAUAGACAUGAUUUAUAUGGAUAUGUCAAAGGCAUUCGACAAGGUCGAUCACGAUGUAUUAAUACGAAAGCUGCAGAAAGACUAUGGUUUUGGAGGUAAUCUCCUCAGAUGGUUUCGUUGCUAUCUAGAAAAUCGUAAACAACGCGUUACAGUGUUAGGAGCAACGUCAGACCUACUUCCUGUCACGUCUGGUGUACCGCAAG